CACUUUAUGUACGCUUUUUAAUAUACCGUAGAAUGCUUGGCUCCCUUAUUUCCUACCUUUUAAGUAAUUCGCUCUUAAUAGGUUUAGGCUGUUUUAGUUUGACUUGGCUUCUAUCCUUUGUAAAUCGCAGAGCCGCUUGCGUUAUACUCAAAGUUCAGUUGUACUUAGAAAGUUUCGCGGUAAUGUUUAUAAGUAGGGACGCCGUUUGGCCGACACAACCCGAUCCAGACCUGAUAAAUAAACGGGAAGUACAAAAUAAGCGACUAAUUUUUAUUCGACAUGGAGAAAGUGAAUGGAAUGAGGUGUUCAACCGAGGUUUUCAUCUGACAGCAAUCUACCGCUUUUGUAGAGCUUUCUUUAAAGAAAUCUGUUUGUUUGCCACAGAAGAUUCUAUUUUCAUAGAUUCACCUUUAAGCCCGCUAGGUUUUAAGCAGGCUAAAGAUUUACAAGCAUUUAUUAAAGAAGCGCCACCACUCAGCCCAGACCGAGAAAUUUUAAAAGGAGAAUUUGGCGCUAGCGAAUCAGUACUUGUAUGCUCGAAUCUAAGAAGGGCAUUAGCAACUCUUGUUGUUGGAUUUCAGGAACGACUAAAGAAAACGAGUGAGAAGAUCCUAGUGUUGACCUUUCUUCAAGAAAUAAGCCGAAACGUAGAUGCCACUUCUUUAACGCCUCAUUCCGCUAUCCCACAUUUUUUUGUACCCGAAAAUGAGUUACCGGCUAACUAUAAUCCCGAAAAGAUGUUUGAUACUGAACUAAACAUUGGAAACAAAUCCAUAUUCUGCAACGGGCUCACGCGAAUGAGGGCCUUCUGCGGAUGGGCUUUCAGUAGACACGAGCCUGUUAUCGUCGUUGGAAGUGGCCAUUCACUCUGGUUCCGUUCCUUUUUUCGAACUUUUCUCCCCCAUAGUUCCCGCCACAUUUCCAAAAGUAGGAAGUUGCAAAACUGCUCUGUUGUAGCGUUUAACAUAGCGCAAGGGACCCACGACGACCAGAAUCUGUACAGAAUCGAGCCUAAUUCCAUCGUUGAGAUCUACAAAGGCUUUCAAUAACACCCGGAAGGCAACAAGCAAAAUCAUAUCGUCUUAAAAGCUAAAUAACGCAGAUUAUUACAAAAAACCGGCGU